AAACUCAGCAAAAACUGUUGUAUAGACUCUCCUCCUUCACCUCCCACCUGCCCCAUGCCCCCCAAGGAAAAUUUCAGGAAAUAGGAGACAAGGGAGGAGGAAUGCUUCAGCUAGCUCUGACUUCUAAGGAAUUUUCUCUUGAUGAGUGGCCUGCGCAACACACCACCCUAAAGGCCAAGCUGGGGCAGAAGGGAUGGAAGCUACACCACGGGAAGGACUUCCUGAGGGCUGGGGUGUGGGGGGAUUGGGAGGCGAGGGCUUUGUGAAGGAGGAGGCAGUGUUUAUGAGAGUCACUUUAGCCAGGCCUGUGCUCCUGGCAGCUGAGUGGGCAGCCAUCCGCUGCUUUGUAGGUCAGGGAGCAUCCUUAACCCGAGGGGAAGGCAAGCAGCCAACCAGGGGCCAGGUGGGGGCCUCUGAGGAAGAUUCUAGAAGGAAGCACUCAGCCAGGGCUCUCUGUGGGCCUCCCACAGCUCUAGGAUGGGGGUUUAUCUCCGAGAGGGACAAGGACACCCCCAGUGCAGCCCUGCGUAAGAACAAGAAGGCAGGUUUUGUUUCCUGUGGGAACCAUGACCCAGUUGGGAGUGGAGGGGUCACCCCACCAUUGGGACUUCCCAGGGUGGUCAUGUCCACCUUGCAGUGAGGUGAAAAGAGGAAUCUGAAAGUCUGUGUCACAUCCCCUGUACAGGGACUCUUGCACAAGAAGGAAAGAAGCCACCACUCUGGACUGGUUAGACCCGAUGGCAUGAAAGGGCCAUGGGAGAAUGGUUGGAGUGACCCAGAAACUUCCCAGCCUUUUACAUGUUCUAGAUGGAAGGAAACAUCCAAGCCAGGGGGAGAGAGAGAGAGAGAAAAAGAGAGAGAGAGAGAGAGGUGUGUCUCUUCUUAUUCCCCUCCCAGCCUGCCAGCUUCCGCCCUGGCCAGGGACCUGUCACAACUCGAGAGGUGGAAAAUCUGGUUUCCCUGGGUAGAGCGCCUCACUCCAGCUUUGGCACCAUGGGCUUCUGGAGGCCGUACGCCCGGCCCCAAGCCCAGCCGGGCUGAGCCAGCUACCCACUGUUUGCCGGUCCCUGACGUCCCCCUUACCUCUGGGGUCUGACAAGUGUCUCCUUCUUUCUCUUGGAUGGCACUUGGGCACCUGAGUCUGAACUCCCGGGCCCUCCACUGUGACUGGCUCCAGGAGCCGCCCGCUGCAGCCUCCGGCUGAGCAUGGCCUUGCCUGCCCUGGGCCUGGACCCCUGGAGCCUCCUGGGCCUGCUCCUCUUCCAUCUGUUCCUGGUGCUGCUGCCAUCGCCAACUGCAGGGGGUGGUGGGCAGGGGACCAUGCCCAGGGUCAGAUACACUGCAGGGGAUGGACGCAGGGCUCUCAGCCUCUUCCACCAGAAGGGCCUCCGGGAUUUUGACACUCUGCUCUUGAGUGAAGAUGGAGGCACUCUCUACGUGGGUGCUCGAGAGGCUAUUCUGGCCUUGGAGAUCCGGGACCCAGGGGUGCCGAGGCUGAGGAGCAUGAUACCCUGGCCAGCCAGCAACAAAAAGAAGAGUGACUGUGUCUUUAAGAAGAAGAGCAAUGAGACACAGUGCUUUAACUUCAUCCGCGUCCUGGUCUCUUACAACACCACCCACCUCUACACUUGUGGCACCUUCGCCUUCAGCCCAUCCUGCACCUUCAUUGAAAUCCAAGAUUCCUCCCUGUCACCCAUCUCAGAGGACAAGGUUGUGGAGGGGAAAGGACAGAGCCCCUUUGACCCUGCCCAUAAUCACACGGCUGUAUUGGUGGACGGGAUGCUCUACUCUGGGACGAUGAACAACUUCCUGGGCAGUGAGCCCAUCCUGAUGCGCACUCUGGGGUCCCUGCCUGUCCUCAAGACGGAUAAUUACCUCCGCUGGCUGCAACCGGACGCCUCGUUCGUGGCAGCUAUCCCUUCCACAGACGUCGUCUACUUCUUUUUUGAGGAGACCGCCAGCGAAUUUGAGUUCUUCGAGAAGCUCCACACCUCGCGGGUGGCGAGAGUCUGCCAGAACGACCUGGGCGGUGAGAAGCUGCUGCAGAAGAAGUGGACCAGCUUUCUGAAGGCGCAGCUCGUGUGCGCGCAGCCCGGCCAGCUGCCCUUCAACAUCAUCCGCCACGCUGUCGCGCUGCCAGCCAACUCCUCAGCGAACGCCAAAGUCUACGCAGUCUUCACCUCGCAGUGGCAGGUUGGCGGGACCAAGAGCUCAGCUGUCUGUGCCUUCUCUCUCAAGGACAUCAGACGUGUCUUCGAGGGGAAGUACAAGAUGCUGAACAAAGAGACUUCUCGCUGGACUACAUAUGGCUUCUCAGACAUCCACCCCCGUCCAGGCAGCUGCUCCAUGGGCCCCUCCUCUGAUAAAGCCUUGACCUUCAUGAAAGACCAUUUCCUGAUGGAUGAGCAGGUGGUAGGCACGCCCCUAUUGGUGCAGGCUGGUGUGGAGUACACUCGACUCGCUGUGGAGACAGUCCAGGGCCUAGACGGGCAUGGGCACCUGGUCAUGUACCUGGGCACCGCCACCGGCUUGCUCCACAAAGCUGUGGUGAAUGGGGCUGGUGACAGUGGUAACAGCAGCGCCUACCUGGUAGAGGAGAUCCAGAUGUUCCCCCAGCCUGAGCCCGUCCGCAACCUGCAGCUGGUCCCUACCCAGGGGAUUCUAUUCACGGGCUUCUCUGGAGGCAUUUGGACAGUUCCCCGAGCCAACUGUAGUGUCUAUGAAAGCUGUGUGGACUGCAUUCUUGCUCGGGACCCCCACUGCGCCUGGGACCCUGAGUCGCUCGUCUGUGGCCUCCUGCCCACCCCCACCUCGAAAUCCUGGAGGCAGGACAUGGAGCGGGGGAACCCUGACUGGGCUUGUGCCAGUGGCCCCAUGGCUAGAAGCAGCCCACCUCAGAGACGCCCCCAAAUCAUCAAAGAAGUCCUGGCCGCCCCCAACUCCAUUCUGGAGCUGCCGUGCCCCCACCUGUCGGCCUUGGCCUCCUACCACUGGAGGCACGGCCCAGCACCCGUGCCCGAGGCCACCUCCUCCGUCUACAAUGGCUCCCUCCUGCUGCUGCUGCGGGAAGGCGCAGGGGGACUCUACCAGUGCUGGGCCACUGAGAAUGACUAUUCUUACCCUGUGGUCUCCUACUGGGUGGACAGCCAGGCACAGGCCCUAGCGCUGGACCCCGAGCUGGCAGGCAUCCCCCGGGAGCGUGUGGAGGCUCCGCUGACUAGGGUGGGUGGUGGCAUCCCCCUGGUCGCCCAGCGCUCCUACUGGCCCCACUUUGUCACUGUCACCGUGCUCCUAGCCCUGGUACUCUUGGGGACCCUCGUGCUCCUCCUAGCUUCCCCAUUGGGGACCUUCCGAGCCCGGGGUAAGGUGCAGGGCUGUGAGGUGCUGCCCCCUGGGGAGAAGGCCCCACUGAGCCUGGAGCAGCACCGACAGCCUCCCAAGGAGCACAGGCCCUCUGCCCGAGGGGUGGACACUGACUGUAACCACCUGGGCACUGAGGUGGCCUAAGACUCUGCACCAAGACCGGGUUGUCAGGGAGGGCCUGCAGCAUUGCCAAGGGGCACAGGAGAUCACCUUCUGCCAGGAAGAGCUCUACAGCCACUCUCUGCCACCGGGCAAUACCCAGUGGGGUUUGGCACAGUUGCCCAAGUCCCCUCCUGCCAAGCACACAGACUCUAACCAGGGAUGCCUCAGCCUGGGCCCGGGCUGCACUGGAGGACACAAAGGAUACUUUAGUGCUGGCCAUCCUGGAACCUUCCAGAAAGCUGCUGCUCCAGGAGGCCUGGAGACAUCAAGCUGUUCCAGAACCCCCUGGUAAAAGGCUCCAGGCAUCUGAGCCACCAUGAGGAGGCCACCACUCUGAAGCAGCCGUCACCCUGGACACCAACAUUCUCGCCUCCCAGAGUUUGCAGGGGUUCUGCAGGAAGCCCCCCACAUGCCUGCUCCCCUUUCUCAUCUGUGUACCACAGACUGCUGGAAAGUCUUGCCUGAUGUCUGACCCCCUUCCUUUCUGGCACAGUUGGGAUGGUCAGGGAACCUUCCUGACUGGCUUGAUGACAGGGGACAGCCCAAGUCUUGUCACUCCUCUGCCUGGGCCCUCUCUCCUCUCCCCCUUCAUUCAGGAUGCAGAAAACCGCUUGCCACAGACAGUUUAUUUUUUAUUAAAAAGACAAAGCUGA